AUGAUCGACUCACGGGAGUCAGCCUUGUCUGAUAUUUCAGGAGACUCGGAUGAUGAAGACCAGUCUACUGUCCUGGCCGGCGUUUCGACUGAUGAGUCGUACGAUCCACGUGGGAUGCAGGCUUAUCACGACAACUCACCAUACUAUAACGAAACUCUCGGACCUUCGGAUUCAGAUUCGCCAUGGGAUCCAUUGCGAUUCCUUGAGGCAUAUGAUAUCGCCACAAGGCAAGAUGUUCUCAGUGGAGUCAUUCCUUCCGCGACUGGACCGUCCAGUGUUUAUUAUUCUGCGAGAAGCGGAAACGAUAGCGUCUUUUACUCGGCAUCUUCUGAGCUGGGAAUUAGCCAGAUACAUAGUAGAAGAAUGAAAAGACUUAAGCGGGAAACUGCGUACGAAUCGCUUCUCCGGUCCACCGGCGUGGAACUGGACGCAGACGAGUUUACGCAAAACUGGUCAGGACGGGGACAGCACAUUGAGUUUGCAAAUGACGAUAUUGGGAAGGUCAACCAGCUUCUUACAGUCCAGGAUACGCUCGGGACAGGCAACACAGCGGUUGUCCACAGCGUCAGAUGCCGCCGAAUAUUACUCGCACGCAAGACAAUAUACACCAACAAGCGAUUCUCAAAACGAAAAGCUGCCAAGGAGGUUGCUCACCUCACUCGGAUCAAGCACGCUCAUGUUGUACGCUUGAUUGGCACGUACACGUGGAAAUCAGAACUGUCGAUCCUGAUGUAUCCUGUUGCAGAUCACAACCUGAACAGCUUCUUGGACAGUCUAAUGGACAGUAACAUGAGCUAUGGCAGCAGAAAUCAUCACCUUUGGAAGGCCAUGGAGCCGUCUUAUUGGGGGUUAUUUUCCUGCUUAAGUAGCGCUCUGUCACACAUCCACUCCACCCUCACCAAGCAUCUCGAUAUCAAACCCCAGAACAUCCUUAUUCGUGCAGACGGGCGGGGCAGUUACGAAGAAAAAGGAAACUCUCUCCGGGUAUACAUCGCCGAUUUUGGCAUAGCGAGGUCUUAUCAAACAUCCGAUGCUAUAGAUACAGACAGCUCCACUGCGUUCACGCGAAAGUACGCGGCACCAGAAGUGGUACAGCAAGACUUUCGCGGACUUUCAGCAGAUGUUUUCUCCCUUGGUUGUGUCUUCCUUGAGAUGUUUGCAACAUUCAACAGCGUCGACUGCAGGACAGUCACUCAGCUAGAUGUGCGAACAGAGCUUCAAGCUAUACUCUCGAGUGGUCCAGAGUCAUCAUACCACAUGGAAAUUGAGGCUGAAACGGAUCAUUUCAUGCAAGCGACUGGUAACAUCUUGGGAAACAAAGACUUCAUAUUUGACCUCGUGAGACGGAAAGAGGAAGAAUUCGACAGCUGGAAUUUCGAUAAGGACUUCUCUGAUAAGUCGCACAGCCGUCACGUCGAGUGGACUGGACAAAGGACAGGUACUGUGGCUUUUGGGGAACGACAUUAG